CAAAAGGUGUAUUUAUUUUGUUCAAAACUCAUUAUGGUGUACUUGGGAGAACACACACAUGGGCCAGAGCCAACCUCACUUGAACUCAAUCAAGCGAUAACUUCCCAUUACAAGAUUCUGAGUUCUGUCCUUGGAAGUGUUGUUAGACUUCUCAAGACACUCUACUCUCUUUGGAGUCCUGCAGCUAUUAAAUCUGCAAUAAUGACUACGGCAAGAACACUAGAUAAUGAAGAGCAACCAAUGAAAGAUUCUUCAACCAACAAUACAGCAACUCCAUUUGCGUAUGGGGCAGGAGAGGUAACACCAAACCAAGCAAUGGAUCCUGGCCUCAUUUAUGACUUGACGAUUGAUGAUUACUUGAACUACCUCUGCGGUCAGGGAUACAACACAAGCUUGCUCAAAAGGUUCACAACCAAGCCAUUUGCAUGUCCCAAGUCAUACAACUUAUCAGACUUCAACUACCCUUCAAUUUCACUUUCUGAAUUGAGCGGUGAGGUGACUGUCACUCGAAGGGCAAAGAAUGUUGGACAUCCAGGAACAUACUUUGCACGUAUCAAGUCACCUACUGGAGUCUCGGUAUCAGUUAAACCGGAGACAUUGACAUUCAAAAAAAUGGGUGAAGAGAAGAAAUUCGUAGUCACAUUCCACCCUAUGAGUAAAGUAGAGUCUAGAGAUUUUGUAUUUGGACAGUUGGUUUGGUCUGACUCUGACGGGAAACAUAAAGUUAUGAGUCCUAUAGUUAUAAGGCGCAAGUAGAGGUAAGACAUAUUGAUAAGGGCUCAAAACUUUCAUGAUCUAUGUAAGGAUUUGAACUUUUAAUCUUCUUAAUAAAAGUGUUAGACUUGU